GAAGUGUAGCUCCACGGUGACAGACCUAUGCCAAUGACAAGACAAUGGUUGCAAUGACGAGAGAAGUAUAACGAGGAAUAUCGACGAAAGCGGGAUUAAGCAAAGGCAAACUAAGGAUAUUUUUCUCCAGCCUGGCAUGCUCAUGUGUUGCCCUGCGUCCCCCCCCCCCCUCCACCCAAAACCCUCCCUCCCCUCCUGCUGACGUAAGCACGGCAGCCCGCUUGAAAUAGGGCGGCGGAGGUGCGCGCCACACUCAGACGAAGACGACGAAGAGGAGGAGAGAGAAUCCCGCCACCGAGAAGCGCAAAAGAGAAGAAGCUGCAGAAAGAGGAGCUCGGAGGAUGGCGAACCGCCGCUGAUACUUUGGGAAUCCAAACCACUCGCACACAUCAAAACACAUGCGGAGCUGAGAAGCCCACAGGAGUGUCACACUUGGACUCUUUUUGCACAUUUUUUUUUGCACCUUUUUUUCCCUCGGGAGUAAGACAGGGAAGCCGCCGAUGGGCCGCCUCGCUGCUUGGGUUGCGGUUCUGGCCGCCCUGUCGGCCUGCAGCCGGGCCGGAGGGCACAAGAGAGGCGACGCGGACGCAGGGAGCAUCCCGCAGACGUCCUUGGAAACGCCAUCCAUGGAGAGGGUCGAGGCGGCCAAGAGCAUCGAUCAAUCCGUCUUUGACCCGGACAGCGGACCCUGCCGGAGGACGUACUGCGGCCGCGGCCGCCAGUGCGUGCUGAUGGCGGCGACAGGUCGCGCGGAGUGCGUGUGCCAGGAGAAAUGCCAUCCAUCUUUCGUGCCGGUGUGCGGGUCGGACGGACGCUUCUACGAGAACCACUGCGAGGUCUACCGCACCGCCUGUGUGGAGAGGAGGCGCGUCUACGUGGUGCACACCAAGGACUGCUUCUUCAGAGGUAACGCAUGCACCAUGUCGGAGUACAACCGCCUGAAGAGCUUGCUGCUGGACAUCAAAACCACCCCCGGGAGCCCCGAAACCGAACGCAACCAGCAAAGGGACAUGGAUGCCAGGCGGGUGCUGGUGGACACCAUGUACAAGUACCUGGACGUGGACCAGGACGGACGACUGGUUGGCGACGAACUGGAGAAGAUCUCCAUGAAAGAGCACUUGGACAACGCCUUGCUGCACUGCACCAUGCAGGACCUGCUCCGCUACGACGACUACAACAACGACGGACACCUCAGCCUGCACGAGUUUUACACCGCCUUCCAGGUGGUCCAGCUGAGCCUGGCCGAGGACCGGCGGGUCAGCGUCUCGACGGUGACGGUGGGCCUGAGUGCCGUCCUCACCUGCGCCAUUCAGGGGACCCUGCGGCCGCCCGUCAUCUGGAAGAGGAACGGCGUGGUUCUCAACUUCCUGGACCUCGAGGAUAUCAAUGACUUUGGGGAUGACGGCUCGCUGUACAUCACCAAGGUGACGACCAUUCACAUGGGGAACUACAGUUGCCAUGCCUACGGCUACGAGGACCUCCACCAGACGCACGUGCUGCAGGUCAACGUGCCUCCGGUGAUCCUGGUCUACCCGGAGACGCAGGCCCAGGAGCCCGGCGUGUCUGCCAGCCUGCACUGCCGCGCCGACGGCAUCCCCGAUCCCAAACUGCUGUGGCUCAAGAACGGCGUGGAGCUGCAGCCGCGCUCCGCCAAGCAACUUUCUCUCAAAGCUAACGGCAGCGAGCUGUUCAUCGGCAGCGUCCGCUACGAGGACACGGGCGCCUACACGUGCAUCGCCAAGAACGAGGUGGGCGUGGACGAGGACAUCUCUUCGCUGUUUGUCGAGGACUCCGCCAAGAAGACGCUUGCAAACAUUCUGUGGCGAGAGGAAGGUUUGAGCGUCGGCAACAUGUUCUAUGUGUUUUCCGACGAGGGCAUCACAGUGUUGCAGCCCGCCCUGUGCGAGAUCCGCCGGCAAAUCAAGCGCACCGAGAGGAUCGUCGCCACAUACGAGGAGAUGUGCCCCAAAGGCGAGGGUCCGUCCCCCCAACGCUGCGUGUGGUCGUCGGCGGUCAACGUCCGCGAGAAGUACGUCUACGUGAGCCAGCCCCUCCAGAGCCGACUCCUGGUGGUGGACAUCCAGGCGCAGCGGGUGGUCCAGGCCGUAGCCACAGAUCCGUUUCCCGUGAAGAUGCUCUACGACAAGUCACACGACCAAGUGUGGGUGCUCGCGUGGGGCGACAUGGACCGCACGCACCCGUCGUUGCAGGUAAUUCCUCAGGCCAGCGUGGGAGAAGUCCAUCACGCCAUCCGCACCUCCUUCCAGCGUGUCAGCGACUUCUUCAUCCCACCGACCAACCUCAUCAUCACUCACGUGAGGUUCGCCUUUGUCUUCCUCCAAGACGAGCCGGCGGUGCACAAGGUGGACCUGGAGACCUUCCGGCGCGUCAAGACCAUCAGCCUGAAGGACUACGGCUGCGUGCCGGCCGCCAUGGCCUACACGCACCUGAGCGGCAUCUACUUCGUCCAGUGCCAGGGCGGGAAGGCCCAGCUCCUGGUGGACGCGGUGACUGACGCGGUGGUGGGGCCCAACCGCGACAUCACCGGCCGGGCUUUUGUGUCGCCGGACGGCCGCUUCAUCGUGACGCCAGGCGGUGGGGGCGGCGACACCCGGCUGACGGUGCAAACGGUCUCCUUCCAGGGGGAGAUGAGCCUCCGACAGGAAGCGAAGGACCCCAUCGCCAUCUCGGACCUGGUCUUCCAACCCUCCUUUGUCAUGUCCAACAAAUAUGUGGCGGUGGCCGCCUCGGACUCUUCUGCCAACUUGCUCUUCGCCGACCUGUCCUCUGGACACACGGAGAUCCUCCGGGGCCUCAAGGAGCCGCUGGGCCCUCGGAGCUGGCCCUGGGGGGCGCCUUAUCGGGUGGUGGUCUCCAGCGGCCCGUUCGGACAGUACCUCUUGACGCCGUCGGCCGAGUCCCUCUUCGUCCUGAACGGCAAGCAAAGAACGCCGCACUGCGAGGUGUCGGACGUCACGAGGGGCAAUACGGUGGUCUGGGUCGGCGAGGUAUGAGUACAGAAAAAAAAUAAAAAUAAAAAUCAAUAAAAACAAACAAAAAAAAUCAGUAGGACUUAACUAAAAACGAAAGGCCCGGACCCUGGUAUUUAAUUACAGAAUGAGGAGGAUUCGAUGUGUUGGGUUUUCAAUGUGUUUAAAAAAAAAAAAAGUUAUUGUUGUGAUAGUCUCGCUGGGAGAAAGUGUCAAUAGUGUUCAGUGCGACACAAUUGUCCAUGAUUGCACUUCCCUUCCGUGUUAUCACUGCAAGUUAGGUACCUGACCAGGGGUUACCACACGACGAACUAUGCACAAUGCUCACUUUUUUAGAGUAAAAACAAGCUUUCCAAUUUUUUUUUGUUUUUUUUUCCCGUGUGUGUUCAUCGUCUUCACCAGUGCUAACCACAAACUGUUCUUCAAUGUCCGCAUUUAGUGUCUGUGAGUCCUUUUAGAUGCUGUAUUAUCCUACGCCGCCUCACCUUUCAUACAAUGUCACCCGAUUCCGUUUUCAGAAACAAUCUUAGCAACCCUCCCGUUUACGUCGUAGCUGCAGACCUCUGAAAGUCGACGAAAGGCUGUGAGCAUUUGUUUGCAUUUUAACUGUGACAACUAGCUAGAAAAGUCGCAAAGCCACGUGGAAUGCAAAUUAUUCAAAUCAAAAGCAAUCCUUGAUGUGUAUCCCAUACAUAAAUCCUCAACAAACAAACAAAAAAAUAGUUUAGGUUUGUACCCAAUUACUUUAAAAGUCAACAUUUCUGCAGUGACGUUUAAAGGGAAAUUUUGGUGGUUUGAAUGAACAAUGUAUCCAAUAAGUCAUGUCAUAUGUACUGUAUCAUGAAAAUGUAACUUUAACGUGUUUUGAGAAGAUUUUUAUCGGCAAUUACGAAUUUUCACGGGCGCUGCCAUUUUGGCGAGUCACAUGACUUACGUGCGCGGAUGUGAUGUAAAUCCUAGCCGUUUUGUAGCGUCUUCACAUGAGUUACCACCACGAUGGGACACAGAAAAAUACCCUACUGUAUCUCUAAAUUUUGCCAUAAUUCGGACAGGAGUAAUCCGUAAAAUGCUGGGUGGCAUGUUCUGCCCGGUAAGAAAAAGAAUCAUGGAAUGACCAGAAACCGGAGUCCCCGGAGAAAAGCUACGCACGGACAGGGGGGAGAACACGCAAACUCAACAAUUCUGCACACACACGCACAUAAAACCCCCCCCCCCCCCCCAAAAAAAAAAAUCGAGCCCAGGUCCUCAGAACUGUAAGGCCAACACUUUACCAGCCGAGCUACCGUGCCGCUGUUGUGGAGUUUGUAUUAACUUCCACCAAGCCAAAAUUGGCGGUGCCCGUGAAAAUUGGUAAUUGCCGAUAAAAAUCUUCUCAAAACACCAUUAAAUGGGAGAGGAUUAACAUCACAUUGUCAAGGUACAGGACAUAUGACAUGAAAUAUCGGAUACAUUGUUAAUCCAAACCACCGGAUUUCCCUUUAACAUUUGAAGUCGACAAAUUAGUUUUUUGGUACCUCGUCUUCCAGUCGGCCAAUUUGAAGAGGACUUUCAACACGCCAGUUAGCUGCUAUCGCUAGACUGAAACGCACUGUGGUGCAGCAAAACAGGACGACAGUGUUCACACGUCGGAUCGGGUCAGAGAGUGCAAAAAUAAGAUGGUCUUGGAACAGCAGAGAAGUUACCCUAAAAUAUUUAUUGUGGUACCUCGGGACCACCGGCGAGGAACGAGGGAAGCAGCGUGAAGUGAGACUAACGCGCAGACGACAACUGUGUGCCAACGACAACUUUAGUUAUCAUAGAUCUUGUUUCUAACAACACAAUAUAAAACAACUGAUCGCACGCUUGUGUGGGUUUCACGAUUUUACUAAAAAGAUAAACCUUUCUACAAAUACUCACAGCCUCACAUUUUUUUUUUUUUUAUUUGAGCAACCGAACAGCAAAAUGUUGUCCAAACAGAAUUCGCGUUUUCUACCUACAAAUCUUCAGUGAUCGGAAAACGGCAAAGUGCGUCCCAACCGAACCCAAAUUGUGGCUCUCACGGUUGACUUAGGUUGCUAACCUUAGUCUGAGGGUUCACUCUUGGCAGCUAGAGGUAGCCAAUCUAUAUCUUCUGAUCUACCGACUCAACUCUGCGUAUGGAGUAGAGACAGCUGUGAGACGUGCAUGCCAUCGAAUUCAGUUGUCCGCCAUAUACCUCUCUCAGUGACCUUCAUAGUCGUGUGAAAAGAAAGUGUCACGUUUGUUUGUUUUGAUCUCGUAAGCGUCCCGCCACCGAGCUAGCUAGCCUAAUUGUCUCAAAUGUCUGAUCGCAAAAGAUGAUGGUACCUUCCCACGGUUGUUGUAGAUAACGUGUUUAGGACACAUGACAAGUGACUGUACAGGUUUUGUUUUUUUCUGUAUGCAUUUUUUGUGUGUUCUCUGGUUGA